GAUCUGUGGCAGGCCUUGCAGCAAUUUUUGUUCGUGGUGCAAGUGACGUUUGGGUUGUUGCGCACGUUUUCGUCCCAAUACACAGCUGUUGCAUAUAAUUGCGAUUGAAGAGACGGAGAUUGGAUACCUAUCAAUUAGCGGUCAAAUCAUCGUAAAGCAAAAUGCGUUUCUCGUCAUCGGUCCUACUGUGUGGCCUCCUGGGCUCUGCUGCAGCAGCUCGCAGCCCCAGGUACGCUGGAAAGAAAAUUGAUCUUCCGCGAUCGAGGGCGGUGUAUUCUCCGCCUAGAGGUAUCGAAAGGCGCGAGGAGGAUUUCAUCAUUGCUCAGAAUGACAAUACGAAGAAGUUCGCCGUCAAUGGCACCGCAGGCGCCAUUCCCAACGUAGACUUCGACAUCGGCGAGUCCUACGCAGGUCUUCUCCCCAUCAGUGACUCUGCGAAUGAGACAUCCGAGCUCUACUUCUGGUUCUUCCCAUCCGCAAACCCCGACGCCAGCGAGGAAAUCACCAUCUGGCUCAACGGCGGCCCAGGAUGCUCGUCGCUCGAAGGCUUCUUGCAAGAGAAUGGCCCCAUCUCGUGGCAGUACGGUACUUACAAGCCCAUCUACAACCCGUGGAAUUGGGCCAACCUGACAAACAUGGUCUGGGUGGAGCAGCCAGUGGGUACUGGAUUCACCCAGGGCAAGCCGACGGCGAACAGCACCGAAGAGGCGGCUCAGGAAUUCCUAGGCUUCUUCAAGAACUUCGUGGAUACUUUCGGUCUGCAAGACAGGAAGGUGUUCAUUGCUGGAGAGUCGUAUGCUGGAAAGUACAUCCCGUACUUUGCGGAUGCUAUGUUGGAGAAGAAUGAUACCAAGUACUAUGAUGUCAAGGGCAUUAUGGUUUAUGAUCCGAGUGUUGCUUCCGAUGCAUUGCUCGAGGAUGUUCCCGCUGUCGCUUACGUCGACCACUGGAAGCAGUUGUUCAACCUGAACUCGACAUUCACGGAGUCGAUCCACGAGCGCGCAGACAAGUGCGGUUAUACCGACUACCUCGAGAAGUACCUGACAUUCCCGCCUUCGGGACCUCUCCCCGAGCCCACAUCCCCCAAGGACGACCCAUCAUGCGCGCUUUGGAACGACAUCACGGACGCCGUUCUGCUCACCAACCCCUGCUUCGACAUCUACCAGAUCGCCACAACAUGCCCAUUGCUCUGGGAUGUCCUCGGCUUCCCAGGCAGCAUUGGAUACCUGCCCGAAGGUGCUGAAAUCUACUUCAACCGAACUGAGGUGCAAAAGGCCAUCAAUGCGCCAAUCCAGGAAUGGGCCGAGUGCUCCGACGGCGUCCUCGACACCGAUAACUCCAUUGACUCCGGCCUCGAGGUUCUUCCCCGCGUCAUCGAUGCGCUCGACAGGACCGUCAUCGUGCAUGGUGAACUAGACUGGAUUCUGCUCGGCAACGGCACCCUUCUCACCAUCCAGAACAUGACCUGGGGUGGUCAGCAAGGAUUCCAGUGCGCGCCCGAGGAGGAGUUCUACGUCCCUUACCAUGAGGAAGUCAGCCUUGGCUCUAUCUCGGCGAGCGGCAUCAUGGGACUUGUUCAUACGGAGAGGAAAUUGACUUUCGUCGAUCAGCGCAUGAGUGGACACAUGGUGCCACAGUACCAGCCCAGCAGCGGGUACAGGCAGCUGGAAUUCUUGCUCGGUCGGAUUGAUAGUUUGACGAGCAGGGUGCCGUUUACCACGAGACCCAAUGAGGUGCAACCUUCCGUCAAUGCGACGAUGAAGAGGGAUGUUGCUGUUGGUCUUGAGUCAUUUAAGAAGUGGUAUUGAGCUAGAUAGCCAUGACCUUAAUGUGUUGUUCAAGUGGUACACGAAGAUAUGUUAGCAUUCAAACUUGAUUUCAUCUCUUUCACAACCCCGUAUAAUGAUAUGUUCUCAAAUUGUACAUUGUCAUUGCAGAAUGGUGUCCACAUUAAUCAUUUGAAGUGUAACUACGGAGUGUAGGCG